AUGAUGCUGAUACUACAGGACAAGGCAUUUCUUCGUAUUAGCUCCAUUGUAGAACAACGUACAGAAUACGGACGGCUAGUGCUGUUGCUUUGCCGGCGGUACUGUCCGAGACUUCGAUCAUGGAUACCGCAAUGGGUACGGGACAUUAACGAAGACAGAAACUAUCAUGGAAGCGAUUUAAUCGGGUACCAUUACUAUACAUAUAAACGGCCGCUACCGUUCCUUGAUGAAGCAGAAAUCGAGCAGUUUCCAGCACUUGUCUAUAUCAUAGCUAAGACACCAACUUACUUCACUGGUAAUAUUACCAGUCGGCAGUCUGUGUCGCGAUGGAUCGUCUCCCUAGACCAUGUGAAAAUCGAAACACCUCAAAACGUGACCGCACUUGACGAUCUGAUUACCAGUACAUCGAAUUGCACUGAAAAGCUACUGGUGUUCGUUAAUAAUGAGCGGCAGUGCCCGCUGCCAUACUGGGGUUCUGUGGCCCGAACUGCUCAUAUGUACACUGGAGUGCGACCAGUUCAUCUAUCGGCUCCGUUGCCAGCAGCGAUGAGUGUGGUGCUCUAUAAACGCCUUCCUCUGUUGGUUGAAUCGCAAUGCCAACAAAUGUUCCUCAUGCAUCAGUACAGCUACAGUAUCCAAUUCCAGGACUACACACCUCAUACGGUGUGGGAAUUGAUCGAUCUCCUCCUUCCAAACGCCACCGAAGAGUGUCCACCACUUCAGGACACGAUGUGGUUCUCAGUUAUGACACCUUUGACAGAGCUGCAGAUGAUUUACUUUUCUGGUGAGCAUGACUUAGUUAAACUAGAACACAAGCAAGCGUACGUGCUUGUUGGUUUAACUGGUGGCAUCGCUGUUAUAGCAUUAGCUAUGAGCAUUUUCUGGGGUCUGAAUGGCUCAGCGUUCGCCAACUGA